UUUAGAAUUUUGGAUUUUGUUGCGUCUUUUACUCUUCUUAGCGGGGUGUAUUCAAUUAAAAUUUUAAAAAACUAUUUUAAGAUAAAUAAGUCUCGUGUAUUCAAUUAAGACUUUUAAAUAAUUGGAAUUCCCAUACUUCAUUGAUGGAAUAAUUUCGAGGAAAUUGGAAAAUAACAUUUCAAAUAACUUGUUUCUUUAUUUUCCACUAUCUCAAUUAUUGCAUUUGUCCUACCCUCAUUUUCAACAUAAAUAUAAGGACCUCUGCACAAGUGCUAGCUACCCUCAACCUUUCCUUCGCAACAAUGGAGUUGUAUCUUCCAUGCCAAAACACUGCCAUAGCUGGAAUCUUAGCCAUACUUGUGUUUUCCUACUUUAUCAUAAAGAGAUCAAGCUCUGGUGCCAAAGCCAAGGGUCCCAAACCAUCAAAAGUGGAAGGUGGGUGGCCUCUGCUAGGUCAUCUCGACCUAUUCGGAGGAUCUCAGCUUCCUCACAUAGCUUUGGCUUCCUUGGUUGGCAAGUAUGGACCAAUCUUCACCGUCAAUAUUGGCAUCCACUCGGCUUUGGUGAUAAGUACUUGGGAGGCGGCCAAGGAUUGCUUCAUCACAAACGAUAUAGCUGUUUCCUCCCGUCCUGCUACGCUAGGGAUUAAGCACUUGAGCUACAACUUUGCCAUGUUCGGGUUUAGCCCCUACGGUCCAUACUGGCGUGAAAUUCGCAAACUGACAUCGCUCGAGCUACUCUCAAACCGCAGGCUCGAGCUACUGAGAAACGUUAGAGCAUCCGAAGUAGAGAUGAGCUUAAAAGAGCUGUACACUCUACGGAGCAACAGAAAAGAAGGGUCGGGGGAGCUUUUGGUGGACAUGAAGCAGUGGUUUGGAGGUUUGACUCUAAAUGUGAUUUUUAGGAUGAUUGCUGGAAAUAGAUGCUUUAUGAAUGGGGAUUUGAGUGAGGAGAAGGAGGCUAGGCGGUGGCAAAAAGCCAUGGGGGAGUUCUUUCAUUUUCUGGGAUUGUUUCUGUUGGGAGAUGCUGUUCCUUGGCUUAGUUGGUUGGAUUUGGGUGGACAACAGAAGGCCAUGAAGAGAACUGCCAAAGAACUGGACAGUAUUCUUGCGGAAUGGUUGGAGGAGCACAAGCAGAAAAGAACUAAAGGGAAAGAUCAAGAUUUCAUGGAUGUCAUGCUUUCACCCAUCGAUGGAGCAUAUGUUGCUGGCUUCGAUGCUGAUACCGUCAUCAAAGCAACAUGUUUGGUAUAUUUACAACAACGACCUCAAUGGUCAUAUGCUAAAUUUGUUUUAUUAAUCACCAGAGUUUUGAUUGUGCAGGCUAUGAUUUCUGGAGGGAGUGACACAACCAUGGUGACCCUGACGUGGACACUCUCUUUGCUUUUGAACAACCGCCAAGUUUUGGAGAAAGUUUAUGAAGAACUUGACCAGCAUGUUGGCAAAAGAAGAUUGCUGAAUGAGUCGGAUAUAAAUAAUCUGGUGUACCUGCCGGCCGCUAUUAAAGAAGCAAUGCGUUUAUGCCCACCUGGACCACUCUCAGUCCAGAGGGUGUUCAGAGAAGACUGUACCGUAGGAGGGUACCAGGUUCCAAAAGGCACAUGGCUGCUAGUGAACCUGUGGAAGAUCCAAACUGACCCUCGGGUUUGGGCCGACCCGAUGGAGUUCAAGCCAGAGAGAUUUCUCACUACCCAUAAGGAUGUUGAUGUUAGGGGUCAGCAAUUUGAGCUGAUGCCGUUUGGGAGUGGUAGAAGAGCAUGCCCUGGGAUAAGUUUUGCUCUUCAGAUGAUGCUUUUAACUUUGGCUAGUUUUCUUCAUUCGUUUGAAGUCACGACCCGAGGGAACGCAGCGGUUGAUAUGACUGGAAGCCCUGGACUUACGAACAGGAAACUCACCCCUCUUGAUGUCCUCAUCAAACCACGCUUGUCUCCACAUCUUUAUGAAUAAGUUCAGAAUGAAUAAGUUCACCCCUCUUCAUAUACUUAUUGAUGAUGCCUUUUGCUCUCAAUGGAUUAUGGGCUCGAAGUAUAGAACAAAGCUGAGGCAGAGGUAUAACCUGGUAGAAGCUCCAUACCACAGAUGUGAUCUCCCAUGUCUUUUGUUCUUGUUGUUCUCUUUGUCAAGAAUUCAGAGAGCUCAGAAACAGAGGAUUUGAUCCUGCUCUAGGAUGGAAUGGAAUUCUUGUUAAACGGACGGAGGACAGAACCACAGAAAUUCCUCCUCGGACUUGAGCCAUGUAUAAGUGAAAGUUUUUGUCACCCCUAGAAAGUAUAUCCUUUUUUUGCUCUUCUUUCAACUGUGGGUUAUGUUUAUAAGCUUAUAAUGUGAUUUCUGAGGUCGAUUCGCUUCUUGUUGUAACUUGUUACACUACCCCAUUCUCAUAGCUUGUGCCCUUUUCUGUUAAUUUGAAGCAAUGUAAGUAAAGUUGUGCAGUAUCUAUGCCAAUGAUUGUUUUAUAUAAAGUGAGUCUCCAAUCCUUACA